UCCCGCCGCCCGGGGCUCAGCUAGGGCCGCUGCCCAGGCCGGAGGGACUGCGCCAGGGGCCCGCUCGCUGCGGCCGGCGCUAGCCGGCCAGCGCGCACGCGUGCUGGGUCCUCCCGCGGGCGGGUUGGAAGCAGCGGCACAGGAAGCGUACGCACCUCGGAGCGCCUUUCGGCGGUGGCCGGCCCGGGAGGCGCUUCCGCUCCCUCCCCCCACCCCCGGCACGCCAACGCAGCAAGCCCCCCCACCCGAAAAAGUGCCUAGCUCGAGCUGCGGGAGGCCUAGCGGAAGCUUUCGGCAGUGAAAGGGGGCGGGGCGGGGGGAGAGGGACGGUCUGCCAACAUGAGAAGGGGGAAGGUCGAGGAAGCGUCAGAGCGAGGGGAGGGGGGGGAAGCCUCUCUCGGCACGUGCUCCCAGAACGCUCCCGCAGUCUCCGGCCGAGCCCGCCGCGCUCAGCGCCGGCGUGCUCUUUGUUCCCUCCCCCCAGGACCGCUCCGGGUCGGUCCUCGCCGGCCAAUCGGUGCUUCCCCCCGCCGCCGCGCGGGCACGCCUCCUCCGCCCCACGUGGCCCCGGCCGCCCCGCCCCCGCGCUCCAGCGCGUCUGCGCAAAGAGCUCUCCGAACGUCGCCCGCCGAGCUGCCGGGCUCCUCCCGCGCUCCUCGCAGCAGCCGCAGCCGCAGCGGCCGGGGCGGAGUCAUGGUGGUGCUCUCGGUGCCCCCGGAGGUGACCGUGAUCCUGUUGGAUAUCGAAGGUACCACUACCCCGAUUGCUUUCGUGAAGGACACGUUGUUUUCCUACAUUCGCGAGAAUGUGAAGGACUAUCUGCAUGCUCACUGGGAUGAAGAAGAGUGUCGAGAGGAUGUGAGCCUGCUGAGAAAACAGGCAGAAGAGGAUUCGCACUUGGAUGGAGCCGUGCUGAUUCCCCCCAGAUCUGAGCACGGCGCCGAUGACACGGAGCAGAUGAUCCAGGCCGUGGUGGACAAUGUCUACUGGCAGAUGUCUCUGGACAGGAAGACCCCAGCCUUGAAGCAGCUCCAGGGCCACAUAUGGCGGGCUGCCUUCGCAGCGGGGACGGUGAAGGCUGAGUUCUUUGAGGAUGUAGUUCCAGCCAUCAGGAAGUGGAGACAGGCGGGCAUGAAGGUGUACAUUUAUUCUUCAGGGAGUGUUGAGGCACAGAAGCUGCUCUUUGGCUAUUCGACAGAAGGAGACAUCCUCGAGCUUUUUGACGGCCAUUUUGAUACGAAGAUUGGACAUAAAAUAGAGAGUGAAAGUUAUAGGAGAAUUGCCACAAGCAUUGGCUGCUCUCCCAACAACAUCCUGUUUCUGACAGAUGUUACCCGAGAGGCCAAUGCGGCAGAAGAGGCGGACGUCCAUGUGGCAGUGGUAGUGAGACCCGGCAAUGCGGGAUUAACAGGACGAUGAAAAAUCCUAUUUCAAUCUCAUCACUUCUUUCAAUGAACUGUUCUUGCCUUCAUCAACUUAGAAGAAGAGGUUUUCUUGUUUUUUGAAGAGAGAUCAAAACUGCUUCUCAGAAUUGUACCUCUGCUCUUCUUUUCUGGGUUUAUCCUACUGAUAAAAUCGUAUAUCUAAAGAAAAUUACAUGUUCAGAUCGCCUUCCCCAGGGGUCCCUAAAGGAGAGGGGAAGGGAGUUUUAAUUCAGUAAAAUGAAGGCCUAUUUUAAAAAAUUAUGAAGAUACAGGAGUUGUUGAGAGGCUGCAUCACUAAAGUAUUUGCUCUCCUGUGGGAUGGCAUCUGCUAAGCACAGUGGGUAAAAUUACUGAGAAAAGGAAGACAUUUGUCAGCCUGCUGUAGCUGGCUCUUUACCAAGUGAAAAGCUAAUUUGGAAGAGUCAUUCUAAAACUUCACUAUUCUAAAACCAUUCCUCACAAACUUGCUAUGACUUUAGAACCUUUCUACAGCAAGCGUUCUCUUUAUGGUGAUGGGAGCAAACACUUAGGUGACCAAAGUGUAGCUGGUCUUGCAUACAAGAAGGCCAAAAGUCUGUGUUAGCAUCUAGUAAAGAAGAAAACUAAGAACUAAAAUCACUCCCAGGGCUUGACUAACCAGGUGUUGAUGUUGUCAUUAGGAUGUAGCUUGUGAUUCCAUGGCUCUGACAGUGGCCCUUAAUAACCUUAUCUGUCAUCAAGGUGCAAAAUCAAAAUGUGGUCAUCACCUCUGACUGCAGAAAGCUUUGUGCUGCUUCUGAGCGCUUGGCAUGCCAUCCCUCCGAUUGAGAAUACCUUGUAAAGGAGCCCUUUCCCUCCAGAUUUAAAGUUAGAGAAGAAAUGUCAAUUGUAGAAGUACUGUUUAUCCCAGCUGGUUCUGAUAUGCAUCUUCAUGUGAUAUUUCAUGUUGUGAUUAAUAAAAAGCAAUUUCCCCUGGUCGUUUA